AACUCAGGGUUAAAAUAUUCGAGGAAUUUUCCGAGCUAACAACAGUCGCCUCGGCUCGGACGAAAACCCCGUAGCGAACGUGAAGCAAAGGAAGAAAAGGCCUCCUACAUCCACACAGAAUGUGCCUUUAAGGUUCGAUAGUCUGCCAGCGUGAAGCUGUGUUUAUGACAGCCGAGGAGCGAGGCCGCUUUCCCAGCCCUUCACUGCCGCAUUAGCCUAGCUAGCUAAAAAUUAGCCAAAAUAGUGCUUCUGGACUCGUCGAGCUUCCUUCCUGGCGCAGGUUUGAGGGGGGGACUGUAAAAACUCUGGAUGUGUGUUAUUCUGGACAACAAAGGGAAAAAGAAGUUAAGGAAUGGUCCAGCCGCAGCCCGACGGCCCCAUGCAGUGGGACAUGUCAGGGGAGGACAGUGGCGGGGCCCUCAGGGUCCCACCGGAGCUUGCUGGUCAUGAGGUGGUGUCCAGAUUACUGUGUGACAACCAGCAGCUCAGAGAGGCACUGCGGAGAAGCAACCAAGCUCUCCGCCUGCGCUGUGAAGAGAUGGAGGGAUGGCAGCAAAGAACCAGAGACGAGCGAGAGUUUUUGAGCUGUCGCUUCCAGGAGGCCAGGGCCCUCGUGGAGAGGCUGGCGCAGGAAAACCACUCGCUGAAGGUCACGGCGAACGGACCAGGCUCCUCCCCGUCUUCCGGUCUGUCCUGCAGCUCAAGUCAGACUGAAGACCUGCAGGGACGCCCGGCUGUAAACGGGCCGACAGAUGGACAGCAGACUCUUGAUCAGUGGGAGAGGAAAAGAGCUGACGAGACCGAACAGCGAACACAAACCACGCCCCCUCGCAGCCUGCCGUUAGAGGGAACAAACGACUUCCUGAAGCUGCUGAAGAGCCACAAGGAGCAAUUGGAGGAAACGAUGAGAGACCUGAUGAAGAAGAACGAAAAUCUGGAGAGGGAGAAGGAGGAGGGAGAGAAGGAGAGGGAUCGGAUGCGGCGCUGCAUCGACCAGCUGAGAUCCAAACUGCUGCACACGCAGGCCACUUCUGGCACCGAGGAGGUGGUUCAGCUCCGCUCGGAGGCUCAGCACUCGUCUGACUGCUCUAGCCUGGCUAAGCUCACACAGCAGCUUCAGGCCACGCAGGGCAGGUAUCGUGAGCUGGAGGAGAAGCUGGAUUACCUGCAGAAGAGCUCGGCUCAGCGCGACAGAACUGAGGCGCUGCUCAAACAGAAGGAGAAGGACUGCGUGCAGUUGGCCAAAGACUGUGAAGCCCUGAAAGCUCAGGCAACUUCCCUGCUGGGGGAACUACAAGAACGACAGAGCUGCCUGGAGAAGAGCGAGCACGAGCGCAAAAUGCUGGAGGAGAAGCUAGGCAGUAAGGUGAAGGCGCUGCAGGCGGCGGAGCGGGAGCUGGAGCAGCAGAGGAAGCAGCACCACGUGGCCGUGGACAAGCUGAUGCUGCAGUCGCAGAGCCUGGAGCAGGCGCUGAAGGUCGAGAGACACGUGGUCACAGAGGAGAGGAAAAAACUGACACAGCUGCAGCACGCAUACACAUGUCUGUUCAGAGAUUAUGACGCCAAGCUGAAGAACGAAGGAGGAGAUCUUUCCAGCCGGCUGGAUGAGGCAGAGCAGGCGCUGGCCCUGAAGCAGGACCUGAUUGACAAACUGAAGGAGGAAGUGGAGCAGCUGAAAGGCUCUCUGGAGACGGUGCCUGUCCUCACUGCGCAGGCUGAGAUCUACAAAGCAGAUUUCCUCGCAGAGCGAGAAGCCCGCGAGAAACUGAACCAGAAAAAGGAGGAGCUGCAGGAUCAGCUGAAUCAAGCCAAGACUGAAAUCGACAGACUCAACUUGGAAGCAACAUCACGAGCACGCAUGGAGCAAAUGAAGCUGAGACACUUAGAUGACUUUUCCACACGGACCCCUCUCAUUCCCCCUCCACAAGGAGUUUUUCCUGGUGCCGGUUUCAACACGGUGCCUGCGGCGCCGUCCUUCCGUCAGCUUCCGGUCAGCGAUCCAGGAGCAGUGGGAACUGAGGACUUGCCGGAUUUAUGCUGUCCCAAGUGCCAGUACCUGGCUCCAGACAUGGACACGCUGCAGAUACAUGUCAUGGAUUGUAUACAGUAACAUGAGUAGCAUGACUGUAUAUAUUUAUACAUGAUCUAGUAUAACAGUGGGUGUAGCUGUGUGUCUGUGCUCAGUUGCAGCCUGGAAAAGCAUCUGUCCAAUUGCACCUUACUCGCUCUCUCUACAGAUGAAAACACAACAUUUGUUGGAAGUUAGAUCCCGGCAAUCAUCAGCUCAAUGAAAACAGACCCAAACCAGAAUGAUCAUUUUUACCCGCAGUACUACCUUCCAUUCAGAUUAUGUUUUUCCUUUUUAUCUCCAACCCUUUUAUGUUUCCCCUCAUUCCUGCCCGCUGAGGCCCUCAUGCAAACAUUCAUGUCCAUGCUUUCCUCCACAGCCUUUUUGAGCUCAAUAGUUCACUCCUAAGGCACCGAGUAGCUCUCAUUUACCUCCAUCAUUCAUCCAUCACAUCAGUAUUUAUUGGACCUAAUACUGAGCUGAAAAGAAUCAGUGUUAUUUUGUCUAGAGAGAACGGGUGUGAAAAUGUGAAUUAUUAUUUAGUGAGCUUUAAUGUUGGAGAAAUCGACAUAUGUCUGGUAGUAAAUGUAGACAUCAGCACUAAUCAAAAUGUAUUAUUGCAUAUGAGAGAUGGAUUUACUCGUCUUGAAAGCGUUCCAUCCUCUGUGUCGUGUGCCUGUGGAAAUGUUGAGCUCUGCUGCUGCUUAACUCCUGAGCCUUCCUCAGCUCCUCUUCCUCCCCUGAUCCGUCUUGCCUACACCCAGCUGCUUCUCUAUAAGACUGUAAGAGUAUAGAAGUUUUGUAGCAGUUUCUGUGACUCCUGUUUGUCAUAAAAGGUCAUUUGAUGCAAAGAUGUUGGGUCUAAAAAAAAUAAAUUGGAUUAUUCAAA